UGUCUUCUCCUCUAUUGGUUCACAUUUCUAGUACAACUUGAUCCCUCCAUCUAUCUCUGUCUUUGCCGUUCUGUUUCUCUUCCUCGCCACCAACUCUGUCUUCAUUUCUUCUCCCUCCGCUUACCUCUGUCUCUGCCUCCUACUCCAAACGCAUCAAGGUGUAUUAUGAUGCAAAAGGAAAAGACAGAGCAUUUUCCGGAUUAUCAGAAUGGGACGGUUGUUUUGAAAUCUGAUGGGGUGGAGUUCACCGUGGAAGGUUAUUUCUGUCCUGCAUUGGCCAAGGCUGUGAUGACAAUGAAGAAGGGAGAGAACGUCAUCUUGACCGUGAAGCCAGAAUAUGCAUUUGGUGAGAAUGGAAGACCAGCAUCAGGUGAUGAAGGUGCCGUGCCUCGGAAUGCUUCUCCAAAAACCAAGGAUAAGAAGGUUCUCAAGAAGACCCUGAAGGAGGGAGAGGGAUAUGAACGUCCCAAUGAUGGAGCUGUGGUUCUCAGCAUUAUGAUUCUUUUUAUUCGAUUUACUAUCUUAUUGGUUGUGGUUGUUGAAUUCAUUAUUUUCAUCGUUUCAGUGAAACUUAUUGGUAAGCUGCAAGAUGGGACUGUUUUUGUGAAGAAGGGUGAGGAUGAUGAGCAGCCAUUUGAGUUCAAAAUUGACGAGGAGCAAGUGAUUGAUGGACUUGAUAAAGCUGUAAUGAACAUUUAA